AUGGGCUUGAGACUGAAGAAUGUUACCAUUAAACGCUGGGAGGCUCAGCACCUAGCCUCCAGCCCAGCAAGCAAGCAAGCAGAUGGACGGAUCAACAGGACAGAAAGAACAAAUUUGGAUGAAGCUACAACGGUCCCACAUAUUAAUCUGGAGGGAACUUCAAGCAUGUCCUCAGCCCCAAAAAUUGAUGUCUGCAACCAAAUUACAAAAGCUGUGAACACGUAUUUGACUGAUAAACCUUUACCGAAGCCUUACAGACUGAUGCUAACCGCACAGCAGCAAUUAGCAGCAACAAAUAUUGGUGUCGAGAGCUACAACCCACCUGUUUCACCUCCGCCGGAUGAACCAAUUCCCAUCACUGUAGCUACCUCCCUACCGUCAAAUGUUACAGGGGCGACUGCUGACCGAUGCUACAUAUCUCUCCACCGUGGACUCAGCAAGGGAAAGAAUCCGGACGGUGAGAGCAGCCCCGACGGCGACUGCGGGAACCAUAGCCCUGGCGAAGGCGGCGGCGGCAUGGGCCCUGGCCCCAGGAUCCCUGUUCCUGGCAGCGGUGACAACAAGGGGAAGUUUGGCGUGAGCGGAGGGGGUUGCUGGAACCCCGGCGAGAGGAGCGGGUAG